GGAAGACGAAGCUUAUCUUUUAUCGCAGUAAUAAAUCAACAAACUCCGGCCGGCCUGGGGCGUCCUGAUAACACACUCACGCAGUUCAUCUCACCUACUCUUUACCUUUGACUUCCGGGCCGUCUUUUUUUUUUUUUUUGUCUGGUUCAAUUUCUCCGACGGAAAAGCGAGGAUGGCUACGGAUGUGGCAGCAGCGGUGGAGCACGCCGGAGUGGUCGGCGCCGGUGGGUGCUGCAAGAGAGGUCCGGGGUAUGCCAGUCCUAUGGAAGCCAUGAAAGGUCCUGAGGAGUCCCUUAUUUAUGUCACCUGCGUCUAUUCAGGAACAGGAAGGGAGAAGCCAGAUUACUUGGCUACUGUUGAUGUUGAUAGUAAUUCGCCAACAUAUUCUAAAGUGAUCCACAGGCUACCAAUGCCUUAUAUAGGUGAUGAACUACAUCAUUCUGGAUGGAAUUCCUGCAGCUCUUGCUUUGGUGACCCAACUGCCUCUCGUCGAUAUCUUGUCUUGCCUUCACUCAUAUCCGGGCGCAUAUAUGCAAUUGACACAUUAAAGGAUCCAAAAGCUCCCAGUGUACAUAAAGUUGUAGAGCCAGAUGAGAUUGUAAAGAAGACUGGUUUAGCCUAUCCACAUACUGCUCACUGCCUUGCUUCCGGUGACAUCAUGCUGUCAUGCCUUGGUGAUAAAGAUGGAAAUGCUGAGGGGAAUGGAUUUCUUCUACUUGAUUCCAAUUUCAAUGUGAAAGGAAGGUGGGAAAAGCCAGGGCACAGUCCACUAUAUGGGUAUGAUUUUUGGUACCAGCCGCGGCACAAGACAAUGAUUAGCUCAUCUUGGGGAGCUCCCAGGGCCUUCACCAAAGGCUUCGAUCCUCAGCAUGUUUCUGAUGGGCUCUAUGGUCGCCAUUUGCAUGUCUAUAGUUGGCCUGGUGGUGAACUGAAACAGACACUUGAUCUUGGCAAUACUGGGCUUCUACCCUUGGAGAUAAGGUUCCUCCACGAUCCAUCAGAAGCAACUGGGUUCGUGGGGUGUGCAUUGACCAGCAACAUGGUGCGUUUUUUCAAGAAUCCAGAUGAUUCUUGGAGCCAUGAGGUAGCAGAGUCAGUAAAAUCAUUGAAGGUGCAAAAUUGGAUUCUUCCUGAAAUGCCCGGACUGAUCACUGAUUUUCUGAUCUCUCUGGAUGACCGUUUUCUUUACUUGGCCAAUUGGCUGCAUGGUGACAUUAGGCAGUAUAACAUUGAAGAACCAGCAAAGCCAAAGCUGGCGGGGCAAGUCUGGGUGGGUGGGUUGAUUAGAAAAGGAAGCGCUGUAGUCGCAGAAGCGGAAGAUGGUACAACCUUCCAGGUUGAUGUCCCAGAUGUUCAGGGAAACAAGUUGAGGGGAGGACCGCAGAUGAUACAGUUGAGUCUUGAUGGGAAAAGGCUAUACGCGACUAACUCGCUGUACAGCACAUGGGACAAGCAAUUCUAUCCAGAGCUCGUGGAGAAAGGGUCCCACAUUAUACAGAUUGAUGUGGACACUGAAAAAGGCGGACUUUCCGUCAACCCAAACUUCUUCGUUGACUUUGGAGCUGAACCUGAUGGUCCAGCAUUGGCUCAUGAAAUGAGGUAUCCUGGUGGUGACUGCACUUCUGAUAUCUGGAUUUAAAAGCAUGUACCAUAUUAUAUUUUGUUAUUUUAUAGAGUUAUAGCUUAUUAUGCCAAGAAUAAUGAAGGCUUGUUAGCCCACGAAUGGAAUAUUUGCUGGCACUGCCUGCCAUGUUGUUCGAAAUAAACCUUGUAAUUUAACGAGUAUUCUGCGCAUGACUGCCUGUCUACAAGUCUGUUACCCAAGCGAAGCUAAUUAGUACGGAGUAUUACAUCAAACCAAUUAAGAGGAUAUGCCACAUA